CUUUACAUAACGGCGCGGGGCGGCAUGGGCCCGGGCCACCGUCUCUCCCGGCAACUCGCCCGGACUGUCGCGGCCCCGCGCUGUCCACGGCGGCGGCGGCAGCAGCAGCAGCCAAGUUGCCCCGGCGGCGUCCCGGGGGCGCCCGGUCUCGUAACUGUCAAGCGCUGGCGGCGGAAAUGAUGAGGCGCUGGCCAUCUUCCGAGCCCUGGUUUCCUGCCUGAGCCCCGCGCGAGCGAGAGGCGAGCGAGGAGCCGGCGCGCGGAGCGGACUCGCCCGAGCCGGGGGCCCGCCCGCCCCUCUCCCUCGGGGCUUCGGGGGGCCGGGGGCGCGCGACGCCAUGGGCCGGCCGGGCCCGCACCCCGUCUCUCUCAGCCUGGCCGCGCCACCUCGGUCUCCGCCAUGAACGGGCCCACCCUUGAGCCUUCCUCGGCCUCCUGCGCGUCCUCGACGCCCACGGCCUCCCUGCCUUCCCUGCCGGCGGCGUCCCCGUGCCCCCGGGGCUGGAGCGACUUCUGCGAGCUGCAUGCGGUGGCCGCGGCCCGCGAGCUGGCCCGCCAGUACUGGCUCUUCGCGCGCGAGCACCCGCAGCACGCCCCUCUGCGCGCCGAGCUCGUGUCGCUGCAGUUCACCGACCUCUUCCAGCGCUACUUCUGCCGCGAGCUGCGCGACGGGGCCCGGGUCGCCGCACCUGCGCGCGACUACCGCGACACGGGCCGCGGUGCCCCGGUCAAGGCCGAGGGGGCGGCGGCCGAGCUCGGCCCGGGCCCCGCCGCCGGCCUGCCCAAGGCCCGCAGCUCCGAGGAGCUGGCCCCGCCGCGGCCGCCCGGACCCUGCUCCCUGCAGCACCUGCGCCGCAGCCUCCGCCACAUCUUCCGGCGCCGCUCGGCCGGUGAGCUGCCCGUGGGCGCCGUGGCCACUGCUGCUGCCACCACGGCCGGGGAAGCCGGCGAGGGCCCGGCCCGGUCCGGCCUGGCCCGCAAGCUCCUGCCCUGGAACCUGUCGCGGGGGCCGCCGCCCGAGGCCCUCAAGGAAGCGACGCUGCGCUACAGCUUGGCCGACGAGGCGUCCAUGGACAGCGGGGCGCGCUGGCAGCGCGGGAGGCUGGCGCUGCGCCGUGCCAGCCCCGACAGCCCCGAGCUCCUGCUAGAACUCUUCGAUCCGCCCAAGAGCUCCAAGCCCAAGCUGCAGGCCGCCUGCUCCAGCAUCCAGGAUGUGCGGCGGUGCACGCGCCUGGAGAUGCCUGAUAACCUCCACACCUUCGUGCUCAAGGUGAAGGAGCGGACUGACAUCAUCUUUGAGGUGGGGGACGAGCAGCAGCUGAACUCCUGGUUGGCUGAGCUCCGGGAGUGCACAGGCCGAGGGCUGGAGCGCAGCGACUCGGAGCCACACAUCCCCUCCCCUCCGGAGCCCAACGCGCCCAGCUCCCCCCAGGCAAGCACAGAUGCCCUUAACCAAGGUGCUUCUCCUGGGGGCCUGCUGGACCCAGCCUGCCAGAAGACAGACCACUUCCUGUCCUGCUAUCCCUGGUUCCACGGCCCCAUCUCCAGAGUGAAGGCUGCCCAGCUGGUGCAGCUACAGGGCCCUGAUGCUCACGGAGUGUUCCUGGUGCGGCAGAGCGAGUCCAGGCGUGGGGAGUAUGUGCUCACGUUCAACUUCCAGGGCAGAGCCAAGCAUCUGCGCCUGUCGCUGACGGAACACGGCCAGUGUCGUGUGCAGCAUCUCCGCUUUCCCUCCGUCGUGGACAUGUUGCACCACUUCCAGCGGUCCCCCAUCCCACUUGAGUGCGGCGCUGCCUGUGACGUCCGGCUCUCCAGUUAUGUGGUGGUCGUCUCCCAGCCCCCAGGCUCCUGCAACACAGUCCUGUUCCCGUUCGCCCUCCCUCACUGGGAUUCAGAGCUAGGCCUUUCCCAUCUGAGCGCCUCCAGCUGGCCCCAGGGGCUCAGCCCCGAAGGGCCCCCAGGCCAAGCGUCACCCCCAGAGCAGAUCUUCCACUUGGUGCCUUCGCCCCAGGAACUGGCCGCCAGCCUGCGGCGCCUGGAGUCAGAGUCUGGGAGUCGAGCCCGGGACUCGGACUAUGAGAUGGAUGCCUCCCCCCGGAGCCACCUGCGGGCUAUAGACAACCAGUACACACCUUUGUGACCCGCGGGCCAGGGCUGCUGCACCCAGCACACGCCGACACGUGGACUGUGAAUGGAACAGGCUUUCCUUCCUGCCAGGGGGCGCGUGGAGGGGCACUGGUGCUGCCGCCUAUGUCCAGGGUAGCUCUAGCAGGCCUGUUAAAGGGCCUCUAGGAAGCUCCCAGCACCUGCCCCCCGGGACCUGCCCAUCGCUCCUGGCAGAAGUGGCCGUGGAGGGCCUCAGUGAGCAGUGGGGGCCUGUUGACACUGUCACAGCCGACAGACUUUCUGCUGUUGGGGAAGCCCAAAACACUAACACGCCCUGGUUCUCUCACUUCCCCCACUGCAGCCCAUGCCUGGUCACAGGUCCUGUCUGGGCAGCCAUGCCUAAUCCUGCUCCUAUUCUCAGCUUCAGGACAAGGUCAAAAAUGAUUUGAAACAUUUUACCUCAGAUUAGUUUUCUAAAAGAUUCAGGUUUCACAGCUCAACCUUUGCUUAUUACUUCAUUGCACUGUCCCAACUUGAAGGCAGCCCUGUGGCUCUGUGGUCAGACACAGCUAUGCAAAACCUGGGCUAGUGCCGGCUUCCUGUCUGCGGCCAAGCUACCAAGCAUGCCACCCUUCCAGGGAACGCUAGGCAAGGAAGAGCGCCCCAUCCCCGGUGCCUUAUAUCUAACCCACUGGGUUCUUGGUCACGGCAGUUUAAAUGGGCAAAAGGAGAGUUGUCCUGGCCCUUUCUCCUAAACCCCUUACCAACCGGGUGGGCUCAGGCCCAUCCCAGUCUCCUGCCUUAUCAAGGACAUUGAAUAUAUUACCGUACUAGGAGUCUCAGGCUCCUGUUUGACUCCAAAUGGAAGCCAGGAAACUGGUGCUGUAAGCAGAGCACCCCUACACCAGGGCUGCACCUCAACUUGCCUUUUGUCAGUGCUGUGAGCUGUGGCUUGCCUGGGCUGUCGGGCCCCAGAGGGCUAGUCGGCAGUGGCUUCCAGAAGGCAGGUGUGUGCCGUUUUGCAGUGUGCUCACAGCAGUGCCGGCUGCCUUCCCUAGGGGGAGGGUUUGCAGUGCCCCUUUUAAUGAACACUCUACUCCACCGGGGUAGCCUCUUCUGGAAUAUUCUAGCGGGUGGGGAGGCUGCCAUCCCUCCUACGGAUCCCCUGGACCAUAAACCAGAGCUAACGUGGAAGGAGAGAGGGGGAGCAGCAUUCCACAUUUGUCUUAACACAAAGUUCCUCUGAGCUCGUGUCAGACCCAGCAUUCCAUCCUUCCAGCCAGAAAGCCGAGUGUCUGGCAAACACUUGCUCCAAACCAGGGCUUUCCACUCUCGGUAGCCCGCCUCUCACACCAGGCACAGCGAGCCUAGCUUCCGCCCGGCCGCAGAGAGCCUUGACAGCCCCGGAAGUCGCUCCCCCUCCCUCUUCCGCUGCCCUCUUAGGAAUGUGCUGUCCAGGUUUCCCAGGGCAGCUCCGGCACAUCCUGACAAAGCCCCCUUUCCUGGCACUGGAACAAAGCGACACUAAGCCAAUGCCUUUCCUUUGCUAGAGCUGCAAGAAAGGGAGGCCCUGGGCCAAACAGCCUUGUGGCUCGGGCGAGCAGCCCGCCGCGUCUCAGGCCUGCCAUACCUCACGCCACUGAAGGUGGCCGGCUGCUGGCGGUGUGACAAGGCUAAGCCAGCUCCGAACCAUCACCUGGACAGAGACCUCGCCCCACCCAUCAGCUCUAGUCACCAACCGCCAGCACUGUGCCCCAGCCCCUCACUCCCUCUGACUAUCGAGUUCUAGCCACCAGCACCGAAGAAUUAAGUCAACUAACCUGCCUUGACUUUUAGACCAGCAAUCCACAUGGCUUUAUCUGGUAUAGAUCUUCUGCCUUUCACCAUUUCUGGACCAUGUAGGAGAAAGGAAUAUCAAUCAUUAAAAUCUUGGGCCAGAGAACACUAUUUUCACUUAAGUUUCUUGGCCUAGAUCAAGGCUUCAGUUCUCCCAAGGGCUGUGAGCCCUCCGUGCUGUCCAUUCCGCAGACACCUCCCCCGACAGCGUCCGGCCCGCUGACCGCGCUGGGCUGGAACGGCGCACAGGGUGCUGCGCGCUCACCAUGCUUCAUCACAGGCAGAAAGGUAUCGGGCAAAUGUUUGUGUGUUGUUUAUGUACUGUACGAGUAACUUAUUCUUAAGUAAUGCAGAUUUUGCUAUGGUGUACACAUUGCUGUAUGUGGAUUAAAAAGUGUUUUCAAA